AUGAGUAGAGCUAGCGUAGAAUCUCUACCCACGCCAAGAGUUAAUCCAUUCCAGGGUUCUACCCACGCGGAGUUUUUUUCUACCCACGCCGAGCUCGAAAAACGGAAUGCUGCCAUUAUUACUAGCCCCGUAGGUUGGCGCUGCAACUCACGUGAGAAAUUGUGCCUUCUGAGCGACACUUCUGAGCUCCGCCACGCCCAAUUUACCCCUUCUGACAUCAAUAACUAUCUAUCAUGGCGCGCUGCUCCAAGACAGUCCUUCGAAAAAUCUUUCGUUUUCCAUCGUCAAAGACCUGAAGCUUAUCUCGUGCGACCGUUGGCCUCUUAUUCAAGGAAAAUGUUUCUCAAUGAAGAAGAUCCGGGAGGCCGUCAAUUUCAAUACAACUGGAUUGACGGCGUGGAGUCACUCGAAAAGUACCGUCCAGGGGGUUUUCAUCCUAUCAUGAUAGGAGACGUGCUUCGCGGGCGAUACCGAAUUAUUGACAAACUGGGCUUUGGAGGUUAUUCAACUGUUUGGCUAGCCCUGGAUACUUGUCUGCAUCGCUAUAUUGCUGUUAAAGUUGGUACAGCGAACUCACCUAUGCAAGAAACCAAGAUUCUUCGAGCUCUUUCAAACCCAGGACAUGAUUCUAUUCCCACUCCAUUAGAUGAGUUUAAACUCAAUGGGCCUAAUGGAACACAUCCAUGCUAUACCAUGAUACCCGCGCGGUGCGAUCUUCGAGAAGUGUCUUUCAGUCGCCUUUUCCCCCUCGAAGUUACGCGGGCGCUAUCAGGCAGCCUCAUACUGGCUAUCGCUUACAUACAUUCACGGGGCUACGUUCAUGGAGAUAUUCAUCUCCGUAAUAUUUUGGUUAAGUUACCAUCAGGUUUCAAUCAUCUAUCGGUUGAGGAGCUUUAUGAAGAGUAUGGAGAGCCUGAAAUCGUCUCUAUUACACGAUGCGAUGGGAAGCCGCUUCUACUAAACACUCCAUCAAAGGCAGUAUUACCUCUUUAUCUUGGAAAAGGUGCAGAGGAAUUUUCACUGUCUGACACGCAUAUACUGCUCAGUGACUUUGGUGAAGCAUUUGCUCCGGAUCUGGAAACUCGUUAUGGUAAAGACUGCCAUACACCCUUAGCAAUGCAACCUCCUGAAGCCCGGUUUGAACCAGAGGCACCUCUGUCAUACUCAGCAGAUAUCUGGAGCUUGGCCAUAGCGAUUUGGGAAAUUCUUGGUAUGCAGCCAAUCUUCUGCAAUGCAUGUGUUACUGCGGAUGAAAUAGUAUCUCAGCAAAUUGACGUGCUUGGACCCUUACCGUCGGAUUGGUGGAUGCGCUGGCAGGAGCGAAGCCAGUUUUUCGACAGCAACGGGAACCCAAAAGAAGGCCGCUAUGUUUGGCCUGGAAUUGAAAUGGCUUUUGAGGACACUGUACAGAAGUAUCGACGAAAACGUGGGUGUGAGUUUGAUACGGAAGAAACAACCGCCAUUAUUGAUUUGAUGCGCCGAAUGUUGGUAUUCCGACCUGAAGAACGGCUAACGAUCCAGGAGGUCCUACAGUCAGAGUGGGUGGUUAAAUGGGCGUUACCUCAAUUAAAGCGGGAUUCACAGACAGUGUAGACAGGUACCUAUAAACACCGCAUCUUAUCGUUGCAUUUUGUGACUGACCCAUCACUUGAAGACAAACGCCUAACUGUUGUCUUGCCAAUGAAAACCACUCUGGAUAUAUCUCUUUGUCAAAUUCUUAGUUAUCUUACGAACAUAUGCUGUUAAUGAGAGCUCGUGAUUCUAAUCAUAGAGAUUAACGAAUUUGCAAAGACAU